CAGCAAACGGUCACAGUCGCUUUACAGAAUCGGAAUUAUGCUGCUGACGAGCCUUGCGUUUUUGGUCCUCGCCACCGUGGCGAGUGCCACGAAAGAUCCACAUUACUGGGGUGAUCGCGAUGUUAUGGUACAUCUUUUCGAAUGGAAAUGGAACGACAUUGCUGACGAAUGCGAGAGGUUCCUAGGGCCGAAAGGAUACGGAGGAGUUCAAAUUUCACCCCCGAACUCGAAUUUGGUCAUUAACAACCGUCCAUGGUGGGAACGUUACCAGCCGGUAUCUUACAGACUGGUAACCAGAUCAGGAGAUGAGAAUGCCUUGAGAGACAUGGUUCGGCGUUGCAACAACGUUGGUGUUCGAAUUUUCGCCGAUAUUGUUGUGAACCACAUGUCUGCGUCCGCACCACUUCCGGCAUACGGUACAUGCGGUGCUCAAGCUUUCCAGAACGAGAUGAGGUGGCCCGCGGUUCCUUACGGAAGGAAUGAUUUCAACCCGUCCUGCGGAAGGGACAUCAAUUACCAAAAUGCAAAUGAAGUGCGAAACUGCUAUCUUUCCGGAUUGACCGAUCUUAACCAAGGAUCGGAAUACGUGCGAUCUAAGAUAGCAGAAUACAUGAACCAUCUCAUUGAGAUCGGUGUUGCUGGUUUCCGUAUUGACGCGGCUAAGCACAUGUGGCCAGGUGAUUUGAGAGCAAUUUACGACAGACUAAACAACCUUAACACGAAUCAUGGAUUCCCUUCGGGCAGUCGGCCGUUCAUUUUCCAAGAAGUUAUCGAUCAAGGAGGCGAAGCAGUUUCAGCUUCCGAAUACACACCACUCGGAGCCGUAACUGAAUUCAAGUUCGGACUCAAACUGGGUAAUGCAUUUAAGGGAGGCGAUCAGCUCAGGUGGUUGGUAAACUGGGGCGAGGGAUGGGGACUUUUGAGGUCAGGUGACGCCUUAGUUUUCGUCGAUAAUCAUGACAACCAACGUGGUCACGGUGGUGGCGGCGGUGUAAUCACCCAUAAACAGCCAAGACAGUACAAGAUGGCCGUCGCAUUCAUGCUGGCUCAUCCCUACGGUAUUCCUCGUGUGAUGAGCUCAUUCUCUUUCUCAAACUCUGACUCUGGUCCACCUACUGAUGGCUACGGUAACAUUCUCUCGCCGAGCAUAAACGCCGAUGACAGCUGUGGAAAUGGAUGGGUAUGCGAACACCGUUGGAGGCAAAUUUACGACAUGGUCGGAUUCCGAAAUGCAGUCAAAGGAACUGCAAUCAACGAUUGGUGGGACAACCAGAGCAAUCAAAUCGCAUUCUGUCGCGGUGGAUCUGGAUUCGUCGCCUUUAACGGGGACAGUUGGGAUCUGAAGCAAACUCUUCAGACUUGUCUGCCAGCGGGUCAAUACUGCGAUGUGAUUUCUGGCAAAUUGGAGAACGGAAGAUGUACCGGAAAAACUGUUAACGUCAACAACGAUGGAACCGCUUGGAUCGAACUUAGGAGCUCUGAAGACGAUGGCGUUCUUGCCAUUCACCGUAAUGCUAAGGCGUAAAUUUAAUCAACACGGCACCGGACAUUGAAUUUCUCGUAUGGACCCAAAACCACUGUAUUAUAUUUUUUAAUCAAUAAAAAAUAUACUCAUUUGAAUUCAAA